AUGACGCGGGCAUCAGCCACACUGGAGGAGAUAAUCCUCAGACCGUGGAGCCGGGGGGACGUUCCCGUCAAGCAGGGGAAGGGGAACCAUCCUGGAGGGAGCGAGGGGUUGGCCGACCAGCCGGCAUCUCCGGGGGGGCUGCACUUAAUACUAUUCUGUGCCUUAAGCGGUUACAAUCAAGGAGUGAAGCUCGACUCGGCCCUACUGGUGGUGGUGCACGGGCGCAGGACGCCCAUCGGGCGCUCCAAGCGCGGCGGCUUCAAGGACACUACUCCCGAUGAGCUGCUGUCUGCUGUUAUGACAGCCAUCCUGCAAGACCUCAACCUUCCUCCUGAGGCCCUGGGCGAUAUCUGCAUGGGGAACGUGCUGCAGCCUGGAGCCGGCGCUUUGACCGUGAGGAUUGCACAGUUCCUAAGCGGUAUCCCAGAGACUGUACCUUGCUCAGCUGUUAACAGGCAGUGCUCCUCUGGGCUGCAGGCUCUUAUCAAUAUAGCUGGUGGCAUCCGAAAUGGGGCGUAUGACAUUGGCCUGGCCUGUGGCGUGGAAUCCAUGUCCCUCAGAACUGCAGACAACCCUGGUGAUAUCAGUUCUCGUACGAUGGAAAACAGCAAAGCUCGGGACUGCCUUACUCCUAUGGGAAUAACCUCAGAGAAUGUGGCAGAAAAGUUUGGAAUUUCCCGAAAGAAGCAAGAUGCCUUUGCCUUGGCUUCCCAACAAAAAGCAGCAAGAGCUCAGCAGCUGGGGCUGUUUAGAGCUGAGAUUGUUCCAGUGACAACCACGGUUGUAGAUGACAAGGGCAAUCAGAGAACCAUCACCGUGUCCCAGGACGAAGGCAUCAGGCCCUCUACUACCCUGGAAGGCUUGGCAAAGCUGAAGCCUUCCUUCAAGGCGAAUGGCAGCACCACACCAGGCAAUGCCAGCCAGGUGAGUGACGGAGCCGCCGCUGUCCUCCUGGCGAAACGCUCCAAAGCGGAGCAGCUGGGGCUGCCCGUCCUGGGGGUGCUCAAAUCCUUCGCCGUGGUUGGAGUCCCGCCGGACAUCAUGGGCAUCGGACCGGCCUACGCCAUCCCCGUGGCUCUGGAGAAGGCGGGUUUGACUCUGAAUGAUAUUGAUAUAUAUGAAAUUAAUGAAGCCUUUGCUAGCCAGGCUGUGUACUGCAUUGAAAAGCUGGGAAUUCCCUUGGAGAAGGUCAACCCCCUGGGAGGAGCCAUAGCUCUGGGCCACCCGCUGGGCUGUACCGGCACUCGCCAAGUUGUCACUUUGCUCAAUGAGCUGAAGCGCAGAGGGAAGAGAGCAUAUGGUGUUGUAUCCAUGUGCAUGGGAACUGGCAUGGGAGCUGCAGCAGUAUUCGAGUAUCCAGGGAACUAAACUCCAGUGCCCUGAAGACCCAGUGCAGCACUUAAUUCUCUGCCUUUUCUAGUUAUAGCAAAUGAUUUGCACUGCAAAAUCAAGUGGAUUCAGGGAUUCCUGACUAGCCCUAUGGAUCUUAGCCACAA